GGGGGUAUUUUGUAAUUAACAUAUUUAUUUCUCUAAUUUUUUUUAAUUAAUUUUAAAUUAAAUUAAAUUUAAAGGACACGAAUAAAGAAGUUUCAUAAAUAACGAUUUUUGUUUAAAAUUUUCUUCAUUUGGAGCCUAAACUUUCCUUUAAUCUUUACUGAGUCUCUCUCUUCCCCCGUUUAAUAGUAAAUUUCCCUAGUUUGUACGCUCCGAUUUUGAGUUUCGUGAGAAGACCCACGUAAUUUAUUCGAUUUACAAGAAGAUUGAGACUGAAAAAUCAUGGGAGAUGCGGCAAGAAUUGAGGUGGAGAAACUGAUUUCUUUCGGGAAUGACUUGAACAAUUUGUUAGAACGUAACGAGGACAUCAACGAUUUGAAGCAAUGUUUGCACCAAUUUCAAGCUCUCCAGUCCCAGUGUGAUGCCGAUUUCGAACAAGUAGAGUGUUCUGUUCAAGAAUAUCAGAAGAAGUUAGAUUUGUCCAGAAAGAGAACUGCAGAAGCAAAAUUGGAACUUGAUGUCUAUGAAGAUACAGAAUCAGAGGCAAAAGAGCUUGAAGAAGCCUCCCAGAUAGAACGCAUGCUGAAGGAGGAAUUGAGAUAAGUGUAUUUUUGUUACCUAAUUGAUUUCUUCCCCAAUUUUAAUUUCUCUUAGUGUUACUGAUUUUGUUGCUAUGUUUAAUUUUAUUAGCACGGCGAUUGCUGCUGAAAUCGAUAGCCUUGAACAGCAGAGUGUCUCUAUUGAAGAGCGGAAACGUGCUUUGAGGAAACUUGAACAAGAGGACCUGAAGAGAGAGUAAGUUGUGCGGAAUUUCUGUUUUUUCUCUUCUGUUUUCAUCUUGCAUAAGAGGAGAUAUGGCAAUUUAUCUUGGUUGAUUAUUUGUAUUUCCAAAACCAGGUUAGCUAUUUUCUUAGGUGUUAGCUUGAUUUUGCUUGGCCAAGUAGUUAUCGAGUCCUCUUGAUGCUUUUUUAUGCUUGAGUAAAGCAAAUGUUUUAUUUUUUUUUAUUUUUUUGGGCAACUUAAUGAAAAUCUUCAAACUGCAUAGUGUGGAUUUUAUGAUAUUUUUCUGCAGUUGCGUUUCCAUAUGAUCUCAGGUUUCUUCAUUGAACUUAUACAUCUUACAUCCUCGGUUGCUGGAAAUCAUGAUCUUGUCAAAUGGCUGAAAUAUCUUUAUUCUAAAGCUGGGCUGAUUCGUUUGUCUAUCCUUCCCCUGCCAUUGUGGUAGCAUCUGUGCACCAUGCUUUAUAAUUUUUGCUUGUCCGGUAUUCAUAUGUUAGAAAAUGUUAAGGACAUCUGAAAUUGAAAGAUUGAUCAUUAUAACCUGCAGGAUGAGACUCUCAAUGUAUGCUUCAGUUACGAGCAUUAUUCCUAACCUAAAUGAUCAAUCCAAAAUAUCAGGACGUAUCCUCUUAAAUCUCUGAUUUGGGUUUUAAUUCAUCUCUAUUCUCCCAAGUAGAUUUAUUAGAAGAUACUCCAUUCAGCAUUUGUUGCACUUCGUUUUCCUUUACUUGGAUUGAUCCUAGAUAUCGUUGAGGGGGACAAAAAAGCAGUGCAGAAAUUUGAAGUUGACCCUGCGAAGCAGACUUCCUUUGAUACUUGCAAUAGCAUUUGGAAGAUGAUAAGCUCGUGAUAUGUCAUUCCUAUGGCUUUGAGAUCUGGUUGCUGUCCUGAAUGAUUCACUCAUCUUCUGGGUGUGCAGGAUAAUGCCGUCUAUUCUCAUUAAGGAGCUUGUUGCCUCUGAGUUUCUAAAAUAUGUUUGUACAUUAGUCCAAGAGUAAAGUUGUGUCUGCUCUCUUCCAUUGGAUAACUUACGUAUGGUGAAUUUAGGAGCUGAAAUUCUAUUUUGUGCUGCUGAAGUUGUGUUGACCAGUCUAUAUAUGAAGAUUAGAAUGAACCCUAGUUUGUACAAAACUCUGAAGCAUUUCCGCACAAUGGAGCAUUAUGAUGAUUCUUGAGUGACUUGGAGUGAAUUUGGUUUGUUUCUUUUUUGUAACUUUGAAUAUUACUGUAUACACGUUCAUACACAUAUUUUAGAUUUUAAACCAAAACUUUUCCAAAUAUUAUGUUUAGCCUUAGUUUAUUGGCAAGCUUAAAACGCAAAUAUUUG